GCGACGGCGGCCCGAGAGGAUCGGAAGGACGAGCGAGCAGGAAGAGCGCUCGGCCUAGCGGCGAGAAGUGGUGAGGCGAGAUGCGGAGCUGCCAGCAGCGACCCCGACCCAGACCCAGGUAGCGACCAGCGAGCGCAGCGCCACAGCACCGCCAGACGUCGCGUCGCCACAGGGAUGGCCGCACACGGCCUGCUCCUGAUUAUUGUAAGUUGCAUUCACAUUUUACAUGCAUAUGAUGGCUAUUCGUCAUGUGCAAAACCGUACAGGACAUCUAAAUCUCAUGAACCACCAUGUGACUUUCAGAAGCAAUCAUGGUGCACAGUCCCUGGAAGUGCCUACCCCUGGCAUGCAGUUCGUCGAUUUGUCCAGGAGAACCAUGGCCUGAUGCGAAGAAUGUAUGGUGAAGAAAGACACAUUUCCGUCCUCAGAGCUGAAAUUGUGUCCAAUGAUGUGAAUUACAUGCACGACAAUGAAUGGAAGCUUGGAGAAUCGCGAAGAACAUCAUUCAGAAAUAAGGCUCCUGUGACAAGUGCCACUACAAAGGAACAGAAGCAAGAAGCUCCCUCUUCAUCUACCUCAACUGAAUCUCCUCAAGGAACAACUACAAACGCUAAGAGCACUACACAGAACACGACACAGAAUCUGAAGCCAUCUCCACUAACCACUACCAAUUUUUCCUCAAAGUAUAAUACCACCCAGCAUACAACUGUAACACCUGCCAGCACACUGCUGACAACUACUGCUCAAGAUAACAGUACAAGUUUCAUUGAAGACUCUACAGAAGACAGCUUUAUGGGAUCAAGCCUUGUGCCAGAUAUUAUUACUGAUCAGAUUGAAAUUACAACUGACACAGUUAUUGUUACAAAUACUCACAUAACAACUACUGAAGGGACAACCAGUACAACAGCACAGCUACUGAAGGAGGACGUUUCAGAAACUAUGCUUUUUCAAGAUGCACAAGCAAAGCAUAAGGAACAGCCACUGCCAGCACACAGACUUCGAGGAGUGAAUGCUUGUCCUGUGAAAGAAGAAGUUGUAGCACCUUUUUGGGCUAACAACACCCGUGGGGAAGUUCUUGCUUUAUUGAAUUUGUAUCCAUUUGAGCAAUAUGUUCACUGGGAAAAAUGCACGUAUGAGCUGAAACAAAUGUACUGUCGUGAAGGGUGUCGCUGUGAACAACAGUAUCGUCUUCACAGACUGUUGGCGUAUGACCCCAACAAUGAAUGUCGUGGAAUAUUCUCCGAUUGGUUUAAAUUUCCGUCAUGUUGUGUUUGUCGCUGCUAUGACCUGCCACCUGAAUUCCAAAUGACAUCUCGAAGUCCAAGAACCCAGCCAUCAGUCUCAAACAGCUUAGGACAGCCACCAACUCAUUGGUAUAAGAAAGAAAGUGACUAAUUUUUAUGUACCUUUACUAUAUACGCAAAGACUUCUGCAGGGAACAACUAGUAUUUAAUUGUACUGAAGUUAAUUUUCAAACAAUUUAAUAUCAACACCCCAAUACUGCUGCAUACCAUGUGAGAUGAGAGAUAAUUCUAUUAAACUGGAUUAUUGAAGGAAAAAAAAAUGGAUCCAAUACAGAAUGCUUAACAAAAUCUAUUGAAGGAUAGCAGAAAUACCAAGAUGCACACAGUAAUUUAGCCAUGUUCCCAAAAUAGUGAAGACUCAUUCUGUUGACAUUUUAGCACAUGGAAACAUAUUUUGAUAUCUUCUGCAUUGUGCUCAUAAGCUGUGACAUACAGGAUAGAUACUUACUGUUCCCUGUUUAUACAUAAUGAGAUUAAAUCAAUCCUUCCUUUUAAGAGAAAAGCCUUUCAGAUGUUAACUGUAAGAUAUGUUAAACAAAUUGCAUGUUUUUUGUUGGUAAAACAUUUACAAUUUCUCAUUUGGAAGGAAGGAAGGAAGGUAAGAACAAACAGUGGCUUUUACAAUGUUUCUUAUGUCACUCUAGUUAUUUUUUGUGGAUGUAAAUAUCUGGCUAAUUGCCCAACAUAAUGUGUGUUAGUACAUUUAAAAGACUGAAACAUUUGUGCAAUUUUAUUGUCAUAUAAGCAAUGUUUGUUAACUAUGUAACUAACACCAGAAUAGUUAUGAAAUCAAAAUUAUUUUGACUUAUAAUUUUGAGAAUAAUUUGUAUAUAUAGUUUUUCCAAAAUGUGCCUGUGAAUCAUUGAACUGA